UUACUGAGCUUUCAACUGUUCGAAGUCGGAUUGCGCAUUGGCGUGACCACAAAGAGGGUUGGGCUGUGGAAGGUAGUGCUAAACCUUCGUACCACGAUGUCCAAGCAAGAGGCGCCCCGUGAACCCGAGCAGCUCCGCAAGCUGUUUAUAGGAGGACUGAGUUUUGAGACGACAGACGAGAGCCUUCGUGCCCAUUUCGAACAAUGGGGAACCCUCACGGAUUGCGUGGUCAUGAGGGACUCCGAAACGAAAAGGUCAAGAGGAUUUGGGUUCGUGACGUACAGCUCUGCAAAAGAAGUCGAUGAAGCCAUGUCCGCCCGUCCACACAAGGUGGAUGGAAGAGCAGUGGAGCCCAAGAGAGCAGUUUCGAGAGAGGACUCUUGCAAGCCUGGAGCUCACACGGCAGUAAAAAAGAUAUUCGUUGGAGGCAUCAAGGAAGACACUGAGGAGCACCAUUUACGGGACUACUUCAUAGAGUUUGGUGAGAUUGAAGCCAUCCACAUCAUGACUGAGAAGAACAGUGACAAGAGGAGAGGAUUUGCAUUCGUCACGUUUGAUGACCACGACUCUGUCGACAGGAUCGUCAUCCAGAAGUACCACACGGUAAAUGGCCACAACUGUGAGGUCAGGAAAGCCCUGUCACGAGAGGAGAUGAACAGGAUCGGGAUGAGCCCAAGAGAUGGUGGCCGUGGAGGAGGUGGUGGAAACUUUGGAAGAACUGGUGGUGGUGGUGGCGGCGGAUAUGGAGGAGGUGGAUAUGGAGGAGGAAGAGGGGGCUACGGAGGAGAUGGUUACAAUGGCUAUGGAGGAGAUGGUGGUGGUGGCUAUGGCGGCGGUGGUGGUGGUGGUCCAGGAGGCUAUGGCGGUGGUAACCGUGGUUAUGGAGGAGGGGGAGGCGGCAGUGGCUAUGGAGGCAACCAGGGUGGGGGCUAUGGAGGCAGCGGCGGUGGCGGCUACAAUGGAAGCGGCGGUGGUGGCGGCGGCAACUUUGGCGGUGGAAACUUUGGAGGCAGUAACGACUACAAUGACUUUGGGAACUACAAUCAGUCGUCUUCCAGCUAUGGCCCAAUGAAGGGUGGUAACUACGGUGGUGGAGGAGGAGGCAGCGGAGCCCGAAACAGUGGCCCAUAUGGUGGUGGGUAUGGUGGAGGAUCUGGCGGUGGCUAUGGAGGAGGCUCCGGAGGUCGACGAUACUAAGCAAUGGGCCACAGUGCUUAGGAGAGGAGAGCCAGAGAGGUGACAGGGAAAGGAGGAAAGCAAAGAAAGGAGCAAGGAAGCAGGUUUACAACCCUAGAUCUGCUCAGCCAUGCGCUGUGGUUGAUGCUAACGCAUCCGCUGCACGAAGAGACGUGUACAUUAGGGGAGGAAAAUCAUGUGGGUUGGGAGGCGGGGGAGGGGGAGGAUUGCAAAUGGAAGGAAACACCAGUUUAUAUAUCAUUUGUUUUUGUCUCUUUCCCUUUUAUUUGUAAUAGGAAACAAACAAAAAAAAGCUGUCGAUAGUUUGUAGUUUUUGCUUCUUUUUUUUUUUUUGUCUUGUGAAGUGUAAGGCAUUCCAAUAGGUCAUUGGUAGGGUUUAACUUUGUUUUGAGGUAUAUUUUGCAUCCCCAAGGGUGUGUUUUAAAUGUAAAUCGCCGCAAAUCAAGAUUAAAUAAACAGCUUCAGUUUUUCUUUUUUA